AGACGCAACUCACUGCUGCUGUGACCCAAAAACCAGCGUGUGUUGCUUCUUGCCCUUUGAAUAAAUGCCAGCGAGAUGUCAACCUUUUCAACUCGAGUACUAACUUUCUUCUAGAUUUCGCGUCAUACGGCGAGUGGUACGAUAGCUGUGGCCGAAAUAUUUUGACCUACACCAAAACUAGGUCUUCCUGGAAGAACGCCAGGGAUCAGUGCUGCGCAAUUGGAAUGAAUUUAACGCCCAUAGAGUCGAUUGGAAAAUUGAAUUGCAUUUCCAAACUGAUUACAAGUAAAAUUAUUUAGAAUUUUAAACUUGUUUAAUUUAAUUCGAUCGAAGAAUUCGCGUCUUUGACCGUUGGCGAUUACUGGCUUUCCGGAACGGACCUGGGGUGCCCCUCAAAUUUCAGGUGGUGCUCCCUCGACCGCGAUUUCGUCAACCCUGAGCUCAGGUGGAAGGAGGGACACCCAGUAAAAGGCCUAAACUGCGUUUAUCUUGAGGCGAGAAACGAAUCCUCGCGUCUGGCCACCGCCGACUGCGCAGAGGAAAAGAAUUUUUUGUGCGAUGUUCGGAGAAGUGCAGCCUCCUCUCAACUUCAGAUUCAAUCUGAAUGCAGAGAAAUUUGGAAUAUUAGCACCUACGAAAUUGACUUUCUUUUGAACGUCAGUGUUUUUAGUUCAGCAAACAUCUCGUUAAAUUUGAAGUGCUUCUUGAAAUGCGUUGGCGUGGAGGUUGGAAUGUUUAAAUCCGGGGGUGUGAGCGGCAUUGACAUGCUGCGUCAAGUAGAAAUCGCCGCCGAAGACGAUCCUGUCAAGAUGGAACAGGGAUUCGCGGCUUACGACGGAUGCAGCAGCAAAAAAUCUGACGACGAGUGCGUGUCUGCCUACGACACAUACAAAUGCGGUCUGGAAAAGGAGCCUGAUUUGGUCGCGAAAAUCGUCCAAAAUAAUGCGCAAAGUGACAUUAAGGCAUCACCAGUGGCUUCCCCUCCCCUUCCCUGUGUUCCAAAGCGUCGAAGCUGCUGGAUGUCCGAUCGGUAUCCCUGUACUUCGGAUCCAGCGGUCAUCAAUAGCCUCAACAUCCAAAAUGGAGCAGGCAAUUAG